GCUUGACUUAUCUAUGGACAUGACUAAAAUUGUUUAUGACAUACAUUGUAUCUUCUAUAUUUCAUUGUGCAAUUCAUUAAUAUUAUAUGUGAUAUAAACCUGGAUUACAAUGUUAUGUAUGUGAUCGUAGGUCUAGGUUGGCUAUGGAUUUGAAGUUUUUACGGCGGUGUGAAAGAAAAGGUCUGUCAUAUUGUAAUGUGGUAAACUUUAGGCUACACAGUGUUAUUCUGAGGAAAGUCUUUCGGUCUACAUGGCCCUACAACCUAGAAUACUAUACGUUAUUAUCUCUGGGCAUAGUUAAAUAAGUAGAUACAGAUAAUAAACCAAAGUUUUUAUCUAUGUUCUUAUGUGCGUGAGGUGGUGAUGGAGGGUGAACUGAAGAGAAGCAGUGGUAGACUGUAAUACAUUAUUUAAAUUGAAUUUGAAAUUAUGUGUGGUAUAUUUCAAGCGCCGGUUAAUUUUCAGCUUGAGUCUGUCAGAAAUAAGUAAUUGUGGGAAAAAACAUUUGUCUCGAAAAUGGUUGAAGAACAAAGAACACGUGUAGAAGAGGCUAUGACGAGAAUGGUCAAUGAAGUCGAUAAACUUCAUUUACGAAAAAUGCAAGCAGAUAUGCAUCGCUGUGCAGCAAAUUGUUGUGAUAACAAUGAUCUCUCUAUAGAACGUGUGCAUCAGUGUGUUGAAAACUGUUCUGUAUCUUUAAACAAAGCACAAAAAUAUGUUCAAAACGAGUUUGAACAUUUGCAAAAUAGAUUACAAAGAUGUAUCAUGCAGUGCAAUGAUGAUAUCCGGGAUAAGAUGGGGCCCAACCCUACUGAUGCAGAAGUGAGUCGAUAUAGCCAGGAUUUUGAAAAAUGUGCAGUGAAGUGUGUUGAUGGCCACUUGGGUCUUGUGCCAACUGUUUUGAAGAAGAUGAAGGAAGUUCUGGCACAUGGUAGAUACCAACAGCACUGAGGUAACCUGGAGAUAGUAGUAAAUGUUGUGUGAGCCUCUUUUUGUCUGUUGAGGACAUUGGGUUACUGUUGGGUGAAUUUGGUCGAGCACAUCUGUAUAAUUAUUUGUACUAUAAACCUACUAUAUCAUAAAAUGUGUCAUAUUUAUUGUA